CUUGGUCCCUCCACAAACAUGUCGCAAUGGCGAGUCACAGCGGAGCGCCCACUCCGGGAAGUCGACGGGCUUGACCAUGAACGGUGCGCCGCCCUACACAACCUCAUCGUUGAGCGAGGGUGGACAGCAAGCGGUCGCAGCCUGAGGGAUUUGCAUCGCCAGACCUGGUGGGAGUGCUAUGGCGGAGAUGCGGAGCUGUCACCACACGCCGCGAAAUUGAGUCCUUCGGUGGUUGCGUUCCUCAAAGCGGCUUGGCAUGGCUACGCAUAUACUGCACAACCACCACACGCAUUCUUCAGAUACCUCGCCGGACUUUGCUCACCCGAUGAUCUUUGGGAGAACCUCAAUUAUGGCGAAGACGAAGAUGACUUGAACAAAAAGCGUUACGUGACACUCUACAUGGCUAAUUGGGCACUAGGCGCCAGUCAUCCACUGGGCCUCGUCUUUGAUGAGCAGACCUUCACGGCAAUGCAGCAUAUCUCUAUCCACGACACGGGCGUCACGAUGAAUGGACGACAGAUCUGGUUGCCCUUCGAGCUCAUCCUUGAAGGCUUCCUUGACAUGAUAGACCAAGGUAAAGCACUUGCGGUGGACUCGUCUUACGAUGGCAACCAAGAGAGAAUCGAUCCUUGGAUUAUGCCCUCCUAUACAGUCUCUGAUGUGGAUGAGACUCUCGAAGCCUUCGAACGGCUAGCAGGUGCGGUUGAAACUCGUAUGCCUGGGGCUCCCGGUAAUGAAAUGCACCGCCUUAGUGAUGCGAUCGAGUCGAGCGCACUCGCCCCGAACACCUUCGCAUACCAGUUCCUGGUGCGGGCUCGGGAAAUCCGUUUUAGCCAGAUCGCACCUGGCCUUCGCAUAGCCCGCCAGCAGCCAUUCUCUUCAGUCGAUAUUGAAGAAGGGAAACUAAGGCCUAUACUGCUGUUCGAAAGCAGCCAGAAUGCCCAUCAAGAUACGGAACGAGCACCAUGGGGAGAAGAAGUCCCUCUAUCACCAUUCCCACGACAUUUUCAAGCUAUAACCAAUUAUCCUGCCGGUGUGUAUUUAACAGAGACAGAUCCAGAUGGAGCACACCCAUUUGAAGACGGCUGCAAGCUUAUUCUGCCUUACGCUAUCGGAGGCAAUGGUUGGGCUCGGACAAGCGAUGGCGCACUAUUCGGCGACAAAUCUCACACUAAAGGGCCAGCCGCGAGUCCAGUACCAUGCAGCACGCAAUUAUACCAACAGGGGUUCAACCAUUUUAUUGAGACUCACGAUGUGCAGUUAAAGCAUGUGUUGUCGCACUGGGCAGAAAUGGUGGAGGAAGGAAAGUGGGCGGUCGAUGUUGACGGUGUAGCAGGGGGGAUAGAGAAAUGGAGGGAGGCUGAUACAGAAGAUCAUUGGCAAGACUAUCAAUUACCGAUGUCUUGGUAAAUUCAUACAUUCAAGCGCAAAACAAAUGAGGCUGCUUGUGACGGCCGGCUUUGACAAGGCGAUGUGUCUCGCACUUGGAUCCACUCUUGUUGUCACUGGCUGUGUUAAGGGACAAUAUGAUAUACUAAAUCACAUAGAGAUUCUUUAAAAAUAAUUAAUAGUAAGA